AUGGACAACAAUGCAGCAGAACUGAACCGUGCUGGCAACACAAUUGGCACCGAAAUAGAGAAGAAGCUCUCUCGGCAAGAAAGCCGAAGUGCUCUUCACGAUGGAAAGUACACCGAAAAGCCUCUCCAGGCUUCUUCGAGCGCUUCGGGCUCAUCCUCCGAAGAUGUCGUCGCCAUGGAGAAGCUCGAUUCGAAGAUUGUCCACAUCGGGGACGUCACGGAAGACGAUCCGUAUGCCCAUCUCCCAGAACACGAGAGGCAGAUCAUCAAGAAGCAAUUGGAUAUACCGGCAGUCAAGGUGACGUAUAAAAUGCUAUACCGAUACGCUACGUCUUGGGAUUUGGUCAUCGCCGGUCUCAGCGUCUUCAUGGCUAUUACGGCGGGAGCAGUGAUGCCUUUAAUGACCAUCAUCUUUGGCCAGCUCACCGGUAUCUUUCAGGGCUUUUUUCAGGGGACUGUAUCGGCGGAUCGUUUUAAUGACCGACUUGACCAAUUCACGCUCUAUUUUCUAUAUCUGGCUAUAGGAGAGUUUUUGUCGGUCUACAUCUGUACGGUAGGUUUCAUCUAUACUGGAGAACACAUCACACAAAAGAUUCGGGAGCAAUAUCUUGCAGCGAUACUGCGCCAGAACAUUGCCUUCUUCGACAAACUGGGUGCCGGCGAGAUCACCACGCGAAUAACAGCGGACACCAAUUUAGUUCAAGACGGCAUAUCGGAAAAGGUGGCGCUUACCAUUACCGGUAUCUCGACCUUUGUGACAGCUUUUAUCAUCGCCUUCGUAAAAUACUGGAAGCUCACACUCAUUCUCACCUCCACGAUCUUUUCCAUCGUAGCCAUAAUGGCUGGUGGCUCGUCUUUCAUCAUUAGAUACAACAAGCAGUCCUUGGAAUCCUACGCUCUAGGCGGCUCGGUCGCAGAGGAGGUUAUCUCCUCUAUCCGAAAUGCCACCGCAUUCAGCACCCAAGAAAAGCUGGCCCGACAAUACGACGAGCAUCUGAAGAGAGCCGAGAUUUGGGGGCUGAAGCUCAAAAUUUCGCUGUCUCUGAUGAUUGGCGGCAUGAUGACCAUAGUCUAUCUUAAUUACGGGCUCUCUUUCUGGCAAGGUUCGCGAUUUUUAGUGGCAGGGGAAAUGUCGCUGUCUGACGUGCUCACUAUCAUGCUUUGUAUCAUGAUAGGUGCUUUCAGCCUCGGAAACGUUGCACCAAAUGCUCAAGCCUUUACAACAAGCGUCGCAGCUGCUGCUAAAAUAUAUAACACGAUCGAUAGAACGUCGCCAUUAGAUCCCACCGACCAGGUGGGCAAGAAGCUAGACCGCGUGCAGGGGACGAUCGAAUUGAAAAGCAUCAAGCACAUCUACCCCUCAAGGCCAGAGGUCGUUGUCAUGGAAGACAUCAAUCUGAAGGUACCAGCUGGAAAGACUACAGCUCUAGUUGGUGCAUCAGGCUCUGGAAAAUCGACCGUGGUGGGCCUCGUCGAGCGCUUCUACGACCCAGUCGGCGGCAACGUUUACCUUGAUGGCCACGAUAUCAGCACUUUAAAUCUGCAAUGGCUUCGAUAUCAAAUCUCGCUGGUCAGUCAAGAGCCCGUACUUUUUGGGACGACGAUAUUUGGCAAUAUCGCUCACGGUCUUAUCGGCACAGAACAUGAACAUGUGGGUGAAGCGAAACAAAGGGUACUUAUCGAGGGCGCAGCAAGGAUGGCAAAUGCUCAUGAUUUCAUCGCUAGUUUGCCGGAGGGUUAUGAAACUAACGUAGGAGAGCGAGGAUUUCUACUUUCAGGUGGUCAGAAGCAACGCAUUGCGAUCGCUCGAGCUAUGGUCAGCGAUCCAAAGAUUCUGCUUCUUGACGAAGCGACUUCUGCUCUCGAUACAAAGUCAGAGGGUGUAGUCCAGGCGGCGCUUGAUGUCGCCGCCCAGGGUCGCACAACGAUUGUCAUAGCACAUCGUCUUUCUACCAUCAAGACAGCUGAUAACAUUGUCGUCAUGUCUGGUGGCAGGAUUGUUGAGCAAGGGACCCACAACGACCUUGUCGAACGUCAAGGCGCCUACUUCAAUCUGGUGCAAGCUCAGCAAAUCUCUGCCCAAAAGGAGGAAGAAGCUGCGCAAGAAAGCUCAGAUCAGGAAAGCGUAGAGGAAUCGCUUUCCAAGCUGCCGACGACUACCAAGAACCUGAGCUCUCCACAAAUCUCUCGCCACCUCACAGAAAAAUCCGUUUCGAGCAUGAUUUUGAAAGGCAAGGAGGCAGGCAAAGGAGACAAUUAUUCUCUUUGGACAGUGAUUAAGUUCAUUGCCGGGUUCAAUAGGACUGAAGUAUGGUUGAUGACUACAGGUCUCUUUUGGUCCAUCAUUGCCGGAGGUGGGAAUCCCACGCAGUCUGUCUUCUUCGCGAAGUCCAUAGUAGCGCUUUCAUUACCGCCAAGCAAGUUUGGGCAAUUAAGGCACGAUGCUAAUUUCUGGUCAUUAAUGUACCUGAUGUUGGCCAUCACCCAAUUUCUGGCUUAUGGGAUCUCCGGCGUGGUAUUUGCUUACUGCUCAGAACGACUUGUUCAUCGUGCCAGAGAUCGAGCGUUCAGGGCCAUGCUUCGACAAGAUAUUGCAUGGUUUGACCGCGAAGAGAACUCGGCUGGAGCUCUGACCUCCUUCCUGUCUACGGAAACAACUCAUUUGUCUGGUGUAAGUGGAGUGACCCUAGGCACCAUCCUUCUCGUCAGUACCACGCUCAUUGUCUCAAUCAUUAUGGCGGUUGUCAUUGGAUGGAAGCUUGGUUUGGUGUGCUCUGCAACUAUACCUCUUCUGUUGGUCUGUGGAUACCUCAGAUUCUACAUGCUAAGCAAAUUUGCGCAAAGGGCUAAGAAGGCUUACAAGAACUCUGCAGCCUAUGCAUGUGAGGCGACCGCUGCAAUUCGCACUGUUGCAUCUUUAACACGGGAGGGUGACGUGUGGGAGCACUACCACCAGGGUCUUGUUGAGCAAGGCAGGAAGAGCUUGACAUCUAUCUUGAGGUCAUCCACACUUUAUGCGUCAUCCCAAUCACUCAUGUUUCUCUGCAACGCCUUAGCAUUCUGGUACGGUGGGACGCUGAUAGCGAGCAGAGAAUACAGCGAGUUUCAAUUCUUCUUGGUGUUCUCUGCGAUCAUUUUCGGCGCUCAAUCAGCAGGAACGAUUUUCUCCUUCGCACCAGACAUGGGUAAAGCCAAACAAGCUGCACAAGAACUCAAAAAGCUAUUCGAUCGUGUGCCAGAGAUUGACUCCUGGUCACCUGACGGUCAGCCGCUCAAGCACGUGGAGGGGACCAUAGAGUUUCGGGACGUACAUUUCAGAUAUCCCACCAGACCUGAACAGCCUGUAUUGAAGGGUCUGAACUUGACAGUCAAACCCGGCCAAUAUGUAGCUCUUGUAGGAGCAAGCGGAUGUGGAAAGAGUACAACUAUCCAAUUAAUGGAACGGUUCUACGACCCGCUCUCUGGCGGCGUCUACAUCGAUGGACAAGAGAUAUCAAAGCUGAACCUAAACGAAUAUCGAGGCUUUCUCGCCCUCGUGAGUCAGGAGCCAACGCUAUACCAGGGCUCCAUUCGAGAUAAUAUCUUGCUAGGAGCGGAUAGAGAGGAUAUACCAGAGGAAGCAAUCGUGCAGGCCUGUAAGGACGCCAACAUCCACGAUUUUAUCACCUCUCUGCCUGAAGGGUUCUCCACCAUUGUUGGCUCAAAGGGCAGCAUGCUUUCUGGCGGGCAAAAACAACGGAUAGCCAUCGCACGCGCCCUAUUACGGGAUCCUAAGAUCCUCCUCCUCGACGAGGCCACAUCCGCAUUGGACAGUGAGUCUGAAAAAGUAGUGCAAGCUGCCUUAGACGCUGCUGCGCAAGGGAGAACUACGAUUGCGGUCGCGCAUCGGUUGAGUACGAUCCAGCAGGCAGAUAUGAUUUAUGUCAUCGAUGGGGGAAGGGUGGUGGAACAUGGAACGCAUAAUGAGCUGUUGCGAGCUAGGGGAAAGUAUUUUGAAUUAGUAAAUCUGCAGAGUUUAGAGAAGAUGGUCUGA